AUGCAAAACUUCGUCCUGUACGAGGAGAUCGGCCGGGGAAGCGAGACAAUUGUCUACAAAGGCCGACGGAAGGGAACCAUCAAUUUUGUAGCUGUGUUUUGCACAGACAAGUGCAAAAGGCCCGAAAUAACGAACUGGGUCCGUCUCACCCAAGAAAUUAAGCACCAGAAUAUCGUAACCCUUCAUGAGUGGUAUGAAACCAGCAAUCAUCUCUGGCUGGUAGUGGAACUCUGCACAGGUGGUUCCUUAGAAAUGGUCAUUGCUCAAGAUGAAAACCUCCCAGAAGAUGUUGUGAGAGGCUUUGGGAUUGACCUGGUUACUGGGUUGCAUCAUCUUCAUCAACUUGGCAUUCUCUUUUGUGACCUUUCUCCUGGGAAGAUACUCUUGGAAGGGCCCGGCACGUUGAAGUUUAGUAAUUUUUGCCUGGCAAAAGUGGAAGGUGAAAACUUGGAAGAUUUCUUUGCUUUGGCGGCAACGGAAGAAGGAGGAGGUGAUAGUGGGGAAAACGUACUGAAGAAAAAUAUGAAAAGCAGAGUCCGAGGGUCGCUCACAUACACAGCGCCUGAGGUGGUGAGGGGCUCCGACUUCUCCGUCGCCAGCGACCUCUGGUCUCUGGGCUGUCUGCUGCAUGAGAUGUUUGCAGGAAAACCUCCAUUCUUCUCAGAAAGCGUUUCAGAACUAGUUGAAAACAUUGUCCAUAAAAAUCCUUCGCCACCUAUUCCAAAAGAUCCUUCUCUUCCUAAAGCGUCUCCAGAUUUUAUGAAUUUGCUGGAUGGUUUGCUUCAAAAGGAUCCACAGAAAAGAUUAACUUGGGCAGGCCUGCUGCGGCAUCCGUUCUGGAAGGAUGCUUUUACCGGAAAAGACCAGGACGCAAGCACCGAGGACUUCAGCAUCAGCAGAAACACGAUGGAAUGCUCCGGGUCACAAGAUGCCAAGGAGCUGAUGAGGAGCCCUCCGAGCGGACAAGCCAGAGGGGAGAGGAGUGGUCAGCGGCCGGGUCGCUCUCUGAGACUAGAAAACCCAGCUGAGUUUCGGCCUAACAAUACUCUUGGGGGUCAGCUGAACGAGUCCAUGUUCCUUCUCAGUUCUCGUCCGACGCCGAGAACCAGCACUGCCGGGGGGUCAAGUCCUGGUGAGGGCGUGGCCCAGAGUUCACCGCAGAAGGCGCCUCCUUUGACCAAGACCACAGGUGCGCCCCUGAGCCAGCAGGACCUGGAAUCCCGGAUGCGGGAGCUCAUCUACACGGACGCAGAGCUCGUCGUCACACCCAUUAUCGACAACCCGAAGAUCAUGAAACAACCACCAGUUAAAUUCGAUCCAAAAGUAUUGCAUCUACCAGCAUAUUCAGCGGAGAAGUUAGUGUCGCUGAAGGAUCAGGAUUGGAACUGCUUUCUGCAACAAGUGUGCUCGCAGAUCGACUGCCCCGAGAAGACCAUGGGCGCCUCCCGGGCCAAGCUGAACCUCCUGUGCUACCUGUGCGUGGUGGCCGGGCAGAGGGAGGUGGCCACCAGGCUCCUGCACUCCCCCCUGUUCCACCUGCUAAUCCAGCAUUUGCGAAUGGCUCCAAACUGGGAUGUACGGGCCAAGGUCGCUCGCGUGAUUGGUUUACUGGCCUCACACACAGCUGAACUUCAAGAACAUACGCCUGUUAUUGAGGCAAUUACUCUCUUAACCGAAUUAAUUAGGGAGAACUUCAGGAACAGCAAAUUAAAGCAGUGCCUUCUGCCAGCCCUCGGGGAGCUGCUCUACCUCGUGGCCACCCAGGAAGAAAAAAAGAAGCACCCCAGAGAAUGCUGGGCUGUCCCCCUGGCCGCCUACACGGUGCUAAUGAGGUGCCUUCGGGAAGGGGAGGAGCGUGUGGUGAACCACAUGGCAGCGAAGAUCAUCGAGAACGUCUGCACCACCUGCUCUGCGCAGGCCCAGGGCUUCAUCACGGGGGAGAUCGGACCCGUCCUCUGGUACCUCUUCAAGCACUCCACUGUCGACUCUCUCAGGAUCACAGCAAUAUCGGCCCUGUGCCGGAUCACGCGCCACUCCCCGUCCGCCUUCCAGAACGUCAUCGAGAAGGUGGGCCUGUCCUCGGUGAUCACCGCCCUGGCCUCCGCCAUCUGCAGGGUCCAGCAGUACCUGCUGACCUUGUUCACCGCCAUGCUGUCCUGUGGGGUCCACCUGCAGAGGCUGAUCCAAGAAAAGGAUUUUGUCUCUACAAUUAUCCGUUUGCUUGACAGCCCCUCAGCUUCCAUUCGAGCCAAAGCCUUUCUGGUUCUUUUAUAUAUUUUGAUCCACAACCACGAGAUGCUGCUGCUCAGCUGCCAAGCAAGACUGGUGAUGUACAUCGAGAGAGACAGCAGGAAGACCUCCCCGGGCAAGGAGCGGCAGCAGAGCGGCAACGAGUACCUGUCCAGAUGCCUGGACCUCCUCAUCCGCCACAUGGUGCAGGAAGUGCCGCGCCUCCUGGGUGACAUUCUCACCGCCCUGGCUAAUGUGUCCGGUCGUAAACACCCAUCAACUGUUCAAGCGAAGCAGCUGAAGCUGUGUCUCCCCCUGAUGCCCGUGGUGCUUCACCUCGUCACCUCCCAGGUAUUUCGACCUCGAGUUGUAACGGAAGAGUUCCUUUUCAGUUAUGGAACCAUUCUUAGUCAUAUUAAGUCGAUAGACUCAGGAGAAACUAACAUAGAAGGAGCCAUAGGACUGAUGGCAUCGGAAGAAUUUAUCAAGAUCACGUUGUCGGCUUUUGAAGCAAUAAUACAGUAUCCUGUUUUACUGAAGGACUAUUGCUCUAAGGUUGUUGAUUAUAUCCUGCCACCCUUGGUCUCCUUGGUUCAAAGCCAGAAUGUGGAGUGGAGGCUCUUCAGCUUGCGGUUGCUCUCAGAAACCACGUCUCUGCUGGUGAACCAGGAGGGCGGGGAUGGCAAGGAGGCCGCGCCCAUCGACUCCGACAGCAACCUUCUGGCUCUCAUUAGAGAUGUCCUCCUUCCCCAGUACGAGCACAUCCUCACGGAGCCGGGCCCGGUCCCGGCCUACGCCCUGAAGCUGCUGGUGGCCAUGACCGCGCACAGCCCCGCCCUCACCAGACUUGUGGAGGAGAGCAAACUGGUCCCGCUCAUUUUCGAAGUCAUCCUGGCCCACCAGGAGAACAUUCUGGGUAACACCAUGCAAAGUGUGAUUGCAUUGCUCCACAAUCUGGUUGCCUGCAAAGAUUCGAACAUGCAGCUGCUUUAUGAACACGGACUGGUGCAUCAUGUCUGUAACCUGUUCACGGAAACGGCCACGCUGUGCUUGGACGUGGAAAAUAAAAACAACGACGAGACAGCGGCCGCACUGCUCUGCUCCCUGCUGGACGUGCUGCACGGCAUGCUGACCCACACGUCCGGCGUCGUGCGGCUGGCCCUGCAGGCGCAGAAGUCUGGCUCUGGAGGCGACACUCAGGCUGCGGAGGACCUGCUGCUGCUCAGCAAGCCCCUGACCGCCCUCGCCAGCCUGCUCAUCCCGCUGCUUCCUGCUGAGGAUCCUGAAAUUUUUGAAGUUUCGUCCAAGUGUCUGUCUAUCCUGGUUCAGCUCUACGGAGGAGAAAACCCGGACAGCCUGUCUCCUGAGAACGCGGAGAGCUUUGCCGACUCACUGGCAUCCAGGCAGGACCCCAAGGAGCAGAAGCUGCUGCUGCGGAUUCUCAGGAGGAUGGUCACCUCCAACGAGAAGCACCUGGAGAGCCUGAAGGGCGCGGGCAGCCUCCUGCGGGCGCUGCAGCGGCUGACUCCGGCUGACGGUUCGUCUGCCGACAGCGCGGUGUCCUCCUUGGCCCUGGAAAUCCUUCAAACUGUUGGGACGCUAGGCGAGAGGGCACCAACCUCAGCUGCACAGGCAAGACCGGAUCUGGCACACCCCAGCCGUCCCCACUCCCAAUAA